AGUCAGUCCACGCAGAACCUUUGAAAAGGCAGCAACAGACGCUAGAGCAGCACUCUCUCUUUCUCUCUCUCGCAAGCGGAAAUAUUAUUUCACGUAAAAACCCAAAUACUGAAAACGCAAAGUUUCCGUUUUGGCGCCAAAUAAAGACAAGUUCUUGGGCGCAUACAAAUAACUCACAAAAGUGACAAACUCAAGUGAAUAAGUGCAAUAAGUGACAUUUAUUUAAAUUAUUAAACUAUAAGAAAAAAAAAAAACAUUUAUACAAAAAGCAAUUUGAGCAAUGGCAAUCGCUUACUUUAUACCCGAUCAGGCGCAGCUGUUGGCCAGAAGCAGGCAACAACAGGCAAGUGCGCAACAAGCAGGAGGCGGCGUCGGCUCCAGUCCAACGAAUCCCAGGCAAAACGAGACCCGACAACAGCAACAGCAACCACAACAACAACAACAACAAAGGCAACAACAACAACAACGCACCGGCAGCUCACAGUUUCGCGCCAACAUUUCAGUGCCGCUGGGCCGCGAACAGGGCGCCAUGUCCAUGUCGGAGUUUGGCUGCUGGGAGCUGUUGGCCCAGAUCUUCUGCUACGCCUUGCGACUGUACAGCUACAAUCCAGCACAGCGCCGGCCGACGGUCAUACAGAUCUCGUUCGAGAUUAGCAGCAGCGGUGCAGGCGAGGCGAAUGCGGAUGGUGGAGCAGCCGAUGCGGCCGGAGAUGUGACAGAUGCGAAGCAGGAGUAGAUGUGGCCAAGAGACACAAAGACUAAACACAAACUGACUAUUAUUGUACAGUUAAUUUUUUGGUGGCAGCUCAAUCAAAGCGCAUUGUGAUUUUUCCGAGGAUGGAGACGAAGGAGUUGGAUGGAUUUGAAUGGAGUUUUAUUUUUGAUUCUUUUUGUAAAGUUGAAAGUGCUAAAUGUAAUUUAUAUUUUUUUAGUAUUUAAACGAUUUUUAAGAAAAUUCAAAAUUCAAAAAUUUGAAAUUUGUCAUCAAUUUGCUGAAAGUGAUAUAAUAUAAUAUUGGUACUUUUUGGUGUCCAAAUUUCGUUUGGGUAGUGUAGGAGCGAGUGGGUACGAAAGGUUGAGCAUUUUGUAUGCCUAAGUUUCAAAAUGUCGUAAAGGUUUCGGGUUGUAAUAGUUGGUUCAAAUAGGCGUAGCAGCUGCAAAACAUAUUCAUUUCAAUAUUUUCAUUUAAAAGAACGAAUAAAAAAUAUAUAUAUUAUAUAUGUAUAUCAUUCAACUAAUUAGAAUCUGUGUCUACAACUAAACAGUCGUCAAAACACUAAGCACACACUAUCAUACAUAUACAUAUGCCACAUACACACAUACUACAUACUAAGUAUAUAUACAACUAAAUGUCAAAUUUUAGCAUUUCUACUAGAAUAAAAAAAUAUAAAUGUAUUCCAACCCCCCCAACCAACCAAAACUACAAAUUAUGAUAUUCUUACCGAACCAACAAAUGUAACAAAUGAAAUACAACAAAGACAACAACUACA